UCGAUAAUUCAUUCCCGUAGUUUUCACAAAUUCAGGAAGUCUGACAAUUUAAAUCCGUAAAAAAGCAGUCCCCUUUUCCCGACAGCUAUGGAAUAUUCGGUGCGCGUUAAGUGUCGCAAGAUGCUGGAAUCCGCUCUGCAGAUGGACGAUUUGGACGACUUGGCCGAAGGAAGCGGCCAUAUUAAGAACCUGGCCUUCCAGCUCGAGCAGGCCAUCUACGACGAGCUGUAUGACUUGGAGGUGAAGUACAAGAACCGCAUCCGCUCGCGACUCUCCAACCUAAGGGACCCCAAGAAUCCCGGGCUGCGCGACAAGUUCCUGCGCGGCAUCAUCUCCCCCAAGCAGCUGGCCAAGAUGACGCCCGAAGAGAUGGCCAGCGACGAGCUGAAGCAGAUGCGCCAGCAGUUCGUCCAGGACUCCAUCCACAAGGCCCAGAAGGCCGAGAUGGCCCAGGGCACCAAGACGGACCUCUUCAAGUGUUCGCGCUGUAAGAAGCGCAACUGCGUCCAGCUGCACACCCAGGAUGGCGACGAGCCCAUAAUGACCUUCGUCAUGUGCGAGGAGUGCGGCAAUCGAUGGAAGACAUAGGAUGCCAUAGGAUUUCGUAUAACUCGUAUAAAGCGAAAUCAAUAAAAAUUGACAGCUAUAGUUGUCAAAAAGC